CCUUUGUGUGCAAAGCAAGUUUACCUAAAACAGGAACUUAAUAAGGAACUUAAGUUGGGAGCCAAACCAAACUUAACGGUCCUUUCUCUCUAUAACAUGAACGCAGCUUCACAUGUGUCAGAAACAUGCAUGGUGCAACUUGUGCUGGUGUUUCUGCAGGCUGGCGUGGGAAAGGCACCAGCUGCCGACACACCUCCUUCACCUUAAGCAAGGUUGAGGUCCUGACACGUGAUCGGGCCCCUCGGACUUAAAAAGGCUGCGCGUGGCCCCAACAGGUUCACUCUGCUGGUCAAGAUGAGGGGUCUGCUCGCUCUCACCGCGCUGUUUGUGGCCGUUCUCGGCAAGGAGACGUUUGAGGGGCAUCAGGUGCUCCGCAUUGUUGCAAAGGAUGAAAUCCAACUGUCUCUCAUCAAGGACCUGGAGGACAUGAGCGAGUUCGAGCUGGACUUCUGGAGGGGCGUGACUGAUGUGGAGACUCCUGUUGAUAUCAGAGUUCCCUUCCACAGCCUGCAGUCCGUCAAAAUCCACCUGGAGACUCAGGACAUCGAGUACUCCGUCAUGAUCGAAGACGUUCAGAUGAUGCUGGACGAGGAGCAGGAGGAGAUGGAGUCUGCUGCUCGCGUCGCUGAGCCCAGAAACACCGACAGCUUCGACUACUCCAGGUACCACACCAUCAACGAGAUCUACAGUUUCCAGGACAUGCUGGUCGCUGAGAAUCCCAACAUGGUCAGCAAGAUCGUGAUCGGUCAGAGCUACGAGGGUCGUCCCCUCAACGUGCUCAAGUUCAGCACCGGUGGAACCAACCGUCCUGCCAUCUGGAUGGACACUGGUAUCCACUCCAGGGAGUGGGUCACUCAGGCCAGCGGCACCUGGUUCGCCAAGAAGAUUGUGACUGAUUAUGGCCGUGACCCCGCCCUCACCGCCAUCCUGGACAACAUGGACAUCUUCCUGGAGAUCGUGACCAACCCCGAUGGCUUCUCCUACACUCACACCAACAACCGUAUGUGGCGUAAGACCAGGAAGCCCAACCGCAACUCCAACUGUGUGGGAGUCGAUCCCAACAGGAACUGGGAUGCUGGUUUUGGAGGAGCUGGAGCCAGUGGCAACCCCUGCUCAGAGACCUACCGUGGACCCAGUGCCCACUCCGAGCCCGAGGUCAGGUCCAUUGUGGACUUUGUGAGGUCUCACGGUAACAUCAAGUCCUUCACCUCCAUCCACGCCUACUCCCAGAUGCUCCUGUACCCCUACGGCUACACCAGGACUCCAGUCAAGGACCAGACCGAGCUGCACAAUCUGGCUAAGAAGGCCGUCAGUGACCUGUCCUCUCUGUACGGGACUCGCUACAGAUACGGCAGCAUCAUCAACACCAUCUACCAAGCCAGCGGCGGCACCAUCGACUGGACCUACAACCAGGGCAUCAAGUACUCCUUCACCUUCGAGCUGAGGGACACCGGUCGCUAUGGUUUCAUCCUGCCGGCCAAUCAGAUCGUCCCCACCGCCACCGAGACCUGGCUGGCUAUGAUGGCCAUCAUGGACCACACCUUCAAGAACCCAUACUAAAGUGUGUGUGUGAGAAAGUGUGUGUGUGUGAGUGUGAAGAGGAUACUGUUGACAAAUGUCACCUUUAAUAUGUCAUCUUUAAGACUAACAUCAUCAUCAUCAUCAUCAUCAUACGUCACCAUGGCCCCUCAGAAAUUGUAAAAAUCACAAACAGACGAAUAAAAGAGCAAACUGGAAAACUGAUGAUUCUAUUUAUUUUUUCAAAUAUUUUUUUAUUGGAUAUGUUUAUUCUGCAUUAUUUCCACAUCUGUUAAAUAUCUAAUUAAUAAGACCAAUAUGAAUCAUUCCUGAC